AUGUCCGAACAACCUACAGAACCACUUUCCAUCAAAGAAGAGUAUCAACUAUGGAGAAAGAAUUGUCGAUAUAUGUAUGAGUUUGUCAGUGAGACGGCAUUGAUGUGGCCAUCACUUACAAUCCAAUGGCUUCCAAACUACACCACCACCAAUGGCCUUAUCGAUGCCAAACUUCUAUUGGGAACCCAUACAUCCAAUCAAAGUGCAAACCAGUUAAAAGUGGCAUCAACACAAUUACUGGCAGACCCCAAUGUCAAGGCUAAUUCGAAAAUUAAAACCGUACAAAAACUCGAAAAUAAUGCCGAAAUCUGCCGUGCAAGAUACAUGCCACAAGACGCAAAUAUCGUAGCAACUAUCAAUGGGUUGGGUGAGGUAGACUUGUACAACUUAGACACUGAAACCAGGUACUCACAUUUUGCCCCACACACUAAAAACGGGUACGGUCUUUCAUGGAACCCAAAACAAAAGGGAUUGCUAGUUACCGGCGCUGAUGACAAUUUUGUUUGUGUUACUGAUACCACCACCAACAAAACUACUUUCAAAAGCGACAUCCAAAAGGAUAUUGUCAAUGAUGUGAAGUGGCACCAAUUCAACGGCAACUUGUUUGCAUCUGUGUCAGAGGAUAGUCAUGUCUACUUGUUUGAUGCUAGAGAUAACAAAGUGGUUAGCCAAUACUAUGCCGAGUCCUCCAACGGUAUCAACUCCUUGGCAUUCUCUCCGUUUGCCGAAAACUUGGUGGCAAUCGGCAAUACAAGUUCAAAUAUCAAUUUACUCGACUUGAGAAAAUUGGGCGAGAACUCAGGAUUGUUACACACCAUGAUGGGCCAUUCGGAAGGAAUAACUUGUAUGGAAUUCUCACCCCACCACGACGGUAUACUCGCCACCGGCUCACAAGAUAGAAGAAUAAUUAUUUGGGACUUGUUCAAAGUCGGCGAAGAGCAACAACAAGAAGACGCCGAAGACGGGUGUCCCGAACUAUUCAUGAUGCAUGCUGGUCAUACUGCGGGAGUGAGUGAUUUAAGUUGGUGUCCUUUCAAAGACUGGAUGAUCGGUUCAGUUGCUGACGAUAAUAUUGUCCAUCUCUGGGAAAUUAGUAAAAAGUUGAUUACGAACGAGGAAGCUGAAGUAGAUGUGUCGAUUUUAGAGUAA